GCAGCGGGAGCAGCAGCCAGCGCAGACACGGCAGCAGCCACGGCAGCAGCACUGGCACCCUUCAAAUUGGGACUCUAGCCCUUUAAAUCUGCUCAGUUACCAAAAAAGAAGAGGCAUCAGACCCUGUUAAUUAAAGCUCGCCCCGGUCCGUCAUUCUGGGGAGCUGCAGUGCUCUGCUCCUUCCUGAUGGCUUAGAGAUUCUCCUGAACUCCCAGCCAUGGAUCUUGGAGAAUUGCCCCCGAGAUCAGCAGGAGAGUCUCAGCGCCUUCGCUGACGUUCCUUUGAUGUGCUCCUAAGUCUCUCUGAGAACAUCGCCCUGGACCCCUGAUGCGGCUGCCAGAGCAACCCGGAGAGGGGAAGCCCGAGAAUGAGAAAAAGGGGGACGGAGGAGUCCUCGGAGGGGGAGAGGAGCCGCCGAGGAGCCAGGCCCCCGACUUCCCCACCUGGGAAAAGAUGCCGUUCCACCAUGUGACCGCUGGCUUGUUGUACAAGGGGAAUUACCUCAACCGAUCGCUCUCUGCGGGCAGUGACAGCGAACAGCUGGCGAAUAUCUCCGUGGAGGAGCUCGAUGAAAUCCGAGAGGCCUUUCGGGUUCUGGACCGGGAUGGGAACGGCUUCAUCUCCAAGCAGGAGCUGGGCAUGGCCAUGCGCUCUUUGGGGUACAUGCCAAGCGAGGUGGAGCUGGCCAUCAUCAUGCAGCGCUUGGACAUGGACGGGGAUGGCCAGGUGGAUUUUGAUGAAUUCAUGACCAUUCUUGGCCCCAAGCUCGUGUCUUCAGAGGGUCGCGAUGGUUUUCUUGGAAACACGAUAGACAGCAUAUUCUGGCAGUUCGACAUGCAGAGGAUAACUCUGGAGGAGCUCAAGCACAUUCUCUAUCACGCCUUCCGAGACCACCUAACGAUGAAGGACAUCGAGAACAUCAUCAUCAACGAGGAGGAGAGCCUGAAUGAGACUUCGGGGAACUGCCAAACGGAGUUUGAAGGAGUGCAUUCCCAGAAGCAGAACAGACAGACCUGCGUCCGGAAGAGCCUCAUAUGCGCCUUUGCUAUGGCCUUCAUCAUCAGUGUCAUGCUGAUUGCAGCCAACCAGAUACUCCGGAGCGGCAUGGAGUAGCAGCCUCCCACCAGCCACACCACGUUGCAGCUCACCGCGCAUGUGCAUGCCCUGCGGGCAGACUCUUCCUCCACACAGCAGACACGGACCCACAGACUAUGGAUGGAUGCGGACGAUGGUACCAUUCUGUAAAGUGCCACUGGGGUUGCACUUCAGCUUCAUCUCCUUGGCAGGGACACUAAAGGGCUGUCUUCAGUGCUUUAAUGGUUUUGUUUUCUAAUGCAAUAAAUAGCCAGGAUUUCUGAAUUAUUGCUUCAACCGUCAGUCAUAACUCUAGAGAAAAACUUCAUCUUCAUCUCGGAAUUCCAGCGGCCAUCCAGGUACAAUGAUAGAGCAAGAGAGAGGCAUGAACACACAGUCACCUCCACUCCCCAUUCUUUCAACCCAAGGUCCAACAGGAGACUCUGCUGAGGCCCACCCUCAGUUCCAAGAGGCUGACUUCUGGGUUGUCACAGAAGAGGGGGCUUUCCAUCUCACCUGGCUUCCUUCCUCCACCCAGUGGAGACCCCCCAAGGCAUGAGGGGAAAGCCAUUAAGUGGGGUGCAGCCCCUGGCGGUCUUCAGCUGCACCCCUCACUGCUUCCGUUCUUACUGCCUUUUCUAGAGGACUCCCAUUGGUAGAGCUGGGGUGCUCUCUGUUUCCGUCGGCACUUGGCUUUCUGUUCCUAGAGCCCAUCCUGCACCAGCAUUUUGGAACCUGCAGAGAGAGCCUUUCUCCCAGCUUUGCCGCCUGUGCUGCCAUUAGAGAAAAAGGAAGCGUCAUUGUGGGCAUCUCCGUAACACAGACAGACAUGUAUAUUUGGCUUCUUCGUGUGUGACGUCAUUCUUCCCUAAUCGCUUACACCUACUAUAAGCUUGUCCUCCCUCCCACACUCAUCCCUGCUUCUUUGGGGCAGGGGUGAGGCAGGUUGGGGGAGGAGGGGACUUGGACUGGCGGUGAGGUUUCGACACCCACACCCCGCCAUCCCGAGUCAUGGAGACCCACCACGUCUCCGUGCCGGAUGACCUUUGUAAGUUAAGGUCCUUGUGCAUCUUACCCUUUCCUCACCUUGGAGUUUGCUUUGUUAGUUAGUCUUCCCCAGCUAGAAAGAGAAAUGCAAUCCAAAAUGGAAAGAUGGAGAGAUCACACUACCGUAUUCGACGUACGCUUUUCUGGCCUUCAGAUUCUGAAACUGACUCAUUUUCAGGAGGUGAGGGGAAAAGAUGUGUAUUGGUUUAGCCAGCAGGACAGGUCAUUUACUUCUGCCUGCAGAAUAUUUUCAUUGCGGAAGGGAACUGAAUCCAAGGAUCUGUUUUCAACACCAUUUCAAGUCUGUAAUUUCCUGACUUUCCUAGAUGUCGGCCACUACUACCAAUUCAAGCUUGUGUCGUCACAUUAGCCAAUAAUCUCUAGAUAUAAUAGUCCCCUUUGUACUUCUCCAAGCUCAGGUCUUUAUUUUGUAAUGGAAUUACCUUGCUCCUACUUCUUUUGAUUACAUCCCAAAGCUACAUGCUUCCCCGCGUUCUUCCAGUAUCGAAGCACCAGAAGCCUUCUGGUCUCAAUGCAGCGGGCAGGGUUUUUGGCGUGUUGUGUGCCCCCGAUCUCCCUCUCAAGCCUGCCUUCUCGCUCAGCUUUCCCCUACCGCCUUCUCAGACUUGGAGCACCCAAGGUCUCCAAUGAGAGUUCUCUCAUUCACCUCUGCAAGUGCUCCCAGCAACAGCCUGGGGGCAGCUGUAGAAACUUUCCCUCUGUGGGAGAGUAUGAAUAUUUCUGAUGAGCACAAGUAAAACUAGGGUUAGAGCCAUAGUAUGGUGGAGGGAGCAGGUGUAAGCUCCCAAGAGCCUGGGGGAUUGCCCGUCCCUCUGCAAAACUUCCUGGAGUUCAGCCCAGCAAGGCCAGACCAAGGAGGCAGCACCCUGCCUUUCCCCGUUGCCUGCCCUGCCGCCUGCACACUGCAUGCCUGCCCUGCCGCCGCUCCCAUUGGCUGACUCACCACUGUCCCUAGGAUCGGAAUCUGAACUAGAACAGGUCCAAAUGCAGAACACUGAAACAUUGAACAACUUCAUCCUUAAUCUCUGCCCUGGGGAGUUUGCCCUCUCCCAACUGGACUUGGAUGGGAGGGCACAGCAAGUCUGGAAGGGAUAUACUUUCCUAUGUUUCUCUGACCCCUGAACCACCAAACCACGUCCUCCUGGGGACAGGCGUGCAGGACCCUCAGUAGACUGGAUAGAAACCCCAGGGAUGAUUCUUCAAAGCCCCCUUCCCAUGAGAGGGGACUGAAAUGCCACAGCUGAGGCUGGUCUUCAGGGCAGACAAUGAGUACUUCUUCAAAGGCGGCUUUUCUGCGAGUUCUCCUCCCUCCUGCUGGAGAACAGCCACCCUAAAGGAGGUGGGGGUUAGAUUCCAUUGGCAGAAAGGUUAGCUGCCGUGCAGGAGUGGGUAGGAAAAGGAGUUCUGGAGAGGCGCCAUCAUCCCGUUUCCUACAAAGCCUGCAGGAUUCCUUCCCUAAUGGUGACCCUUCUCGUUCCCAGUGACCUGGAAGCAAGCCCACCCUCCCCAGGGGAAAAUCUAAGAGAAUGCAUUCCUCUGGGGACUGCUAGAGAGAGACGGCAACAAGGAAGACAGAAUUCUGACAGCCUAGGAGUUAACUUCCCACCCUGGUAACCCUCCACGUGGCACCCAGGGACUGAAAGACAGUGCAUGAAGAUGGCGCUGAGCUAGAGGCAUUCCUUAGACUUCGGGAGCUCGGGGUUGGUCCCAAUGACUUUCACCCUCGCUGCUUUGCCUGGACAGUCUGUCUUGGGUACAGACAAGGCUUCCUUGUCAGGCAGCAACUCCCAGCCCUGUUCACACAAAUUUUAUGCCAGGCCUCCAUGCCAGUCAGUGUCCCCAUCAUGGUGGCUUUAAGUUCAUGGCCAAAGGUUCCAGAAGGUCCUGGUCUCCCAUGCCCAAGAAAUGCCAUGUAGCCGCAGCUGGAGGUGACUUCUGUAGGAACUGGGAGGGAAGAGCCCACCCCUCGCUCUGUCCUCCAACUAAUAAGACUUAGGAACCAGGGACCUUGGCAGCCCAGCGGAGAGGUGGCUGAGUGAUUGACAAACACAGCUUGGCUCAUUCUUGCUGCAAGAGCAGGUGCCCUCCCCCCUGCCCCAGAAAACACAAGUGAUGAUCAAGAAGGCAUUCUCCUUAGGAGAGAAGGGUAAAUGGACCCUGACCCCCUUGAUCCCCAAAGAAGCUGUGCCCCACCACUUCAGAUACCAACAAACCCCCCAACAGAAUCGCGUCGGAACUACUAGCAGUGGCUUCCAGAAUGUGCAUGGGUCUCACGUGACUGAUCUGGGGAAAAAAAAAAAAAGAGGGAUAUUACUAUGGCAACCCUUGCAUUCCACCCCGAGUUUGCCAAGGCACACAAAAAUAGGUAACAUUAUU